GUGAAGCUGCCAUGUGUCCUCCCCAGGUGUGUUCCUGAUCCCGUACGUCCUGAUCGCCCUGGUGGGAGGAAUCCCCAUUUUCUUCUUGGAGAUUUCCCUAGGCCAGUUCAUGAAGGCUGGCAGCAUCAACGUCUGGAACAUCUGCCCCCUGUUCAAAGGCCUGGGCUACGCCUCCAUGGUGAUCGUCUUCUACUGCAACACGUACUACAUCAUGGUGCUGGCCUGGGGCUUCUAUUACCUGGUAAAGUCCUUCACGACCACGCUGCCCUGGGCCACGUGUGGCCACACCUGGAACACUCCCGACUGUGUGGAGAUCUUCCGCCAUGAAGACUGUGCCAAUGGCAGCCUGGCCAACCUCACAUGUGACCAGCUUGCUGAACGCCGGUCCCCAGUCAUCGAGUUCUGGGAGAACAAAGUGUUGCGGCUCUCAGGGGGGCUGGAGGUGCCGGGGGCCCUCAAUUGGGAGGUGACCCUGUGUCUGCUGGCCUGCUGGGUGCUGGUCUACUUCUGUGUCUGGAAAGGGGUGAAAUCGACGGGAAAGAUCGUGUACUUCACUGCUACAUUCCCCUACGUGGUCCUGGUUGUGCUGCUGGUGCGCGGGGUGCUGCUGCCUGGAGCCUUGGACGGCAUCAUCUACUAUCUCAAGCCUGACUGGUCAAAGCUGAGGUCCCCUCAGGUGUGGAUCGAUGCCGGCACCCAGAUCUUCUUCUCCUACGCCAUCGGCCUGGGGGCCCUCACGGCCCUGGGCAGCUACAACCGCUUCAACAACAACUGCUACAAGGACGCCAUCAUCCUCGCGCUCAUCAACAGUGGGACCAGCUUCUUUGCUGGCUUCGUGGUCUUCUCCAUCCUGGGCUUCAUGGCCACAGAGCAGGGCGUGCACAUCUCCAAGGUGGCAGAAUCAGGACCCGGCCUGGCCUUCAUCGCCUAUCCUCGGGCUGUCACGCUGAUGCCUGUGGCUCCACUCUGGGCAGCCCUGUUCUUCUUCAUGCUGCUGCUGCUCGGCCUGGACAGCCAGUUUGUAGGUGUGGAAGGCUUCAUCACCGGCCUCCUCGACCUCCUCCCGGCCUCCUACUACUUCCGUUUCCAAAGGGAGAUCUCUGUGGCCCUCUGCUGUGCCCUGUGCUUUGUCAUUGACCUCUCCAUGGUACAGAUGGCGAUGUAUGUCUUCCAGCUGUUUGACUACUACUCGGCCAGCGGCACCACCUUGCUCUGGCAGGCCUUUUGGGAGUGUGUAGCGGUGGCCUGGGUGUACGGAGCCGACCGCUUCAUGGACGACAUUGCGUGUAUGAUCGGAUACCGACCUUGCCCCUGGAUGAAAUGGUGCUGGUCCUUCUUCACCCCGCUGGUCUGCAUGGGCAUCUUCAUCUUCAACAUCGUGUACUACAAGCCGCUGGUCUACAACAAAACCUACGUGUACCCGUGGUGGGGCGAGGCCAUGGGCUGGGCCUUCGCACUCUCCUCCAUGCUGUGUGUGCCGCUCCACCUCCUGGGCUGCCUCCUCAGGGCCAAGGGAACCAUGGCUGAGCGCUGGCAGCACCUGACUCAGCCUGUCUGGGGCCUCCACCACUUGGAGUACAGAGCUCAGGAUGCAGACGUCAGGGGCCUGACCACCCUGACCCCAGUGUCCGAGAGCAGCAAGGUCGUCGUGGUGGAGAGUGUCAUGUGACAGGCACUCCAGCUCACAUCACCAGCUCACCCUCUGGUAGCCAUAGCAGCCCCUGCUUUAGCCCCCACCCCACCCCACCCCUCCAAGGG